CCUCAUAAUGUAGUUCUCAGUUGUUGAAGAUAGAUGCUGUUGUUAUUGACAGACCUCCAUCGUUAAAAUGCCGCCAUGGUCCAUGAUAUCGCCUGCCUCGCGGGGCAUAGGUUUCGCGAUUGCCAGAAGGGUGCUGCAGACCACCAAUGCACCUGUCGUUGCGACAGCACGCAAAGACUUGGGCAAGCUAAAAGAGGAAUUGCUGGAGGGAUUGAAGGUUGACGAAGCACGAUUAACGGUAUUGAAACUCGAUGUCACAGACGAAUCCACCAUCGCAGACGCAGCGGCUUCAUGCAAAGAACUAUUCAAAAACGACCACAAGCUUCAGCUUGCGUUCUUUGUACCAGGGCUUCUCUAUCCCGAAAAGUCGCCAGCCCAGAUCGACGCAAAAGAUGCGUUGCUGACCUUCCAGACUAAUACGCUGGGCCCGAUGCUUAUGAUCAAGCAUUUCUCUCAGUUCCUGCCAAAAAAGAAAGGAAUUGUUGAAGAAGACCAGGAGAUAAUGAAGGGGUUGCCGUCUGCCGCCACCAUGGCAAUCAUGUCCGCGCGCGUGGGCAGCAUUUCCGAUAACAAACUCGGGGGUUGGUACAGUUAUCGUGCGUCCAAGGCCGGCGUCAACCAGGUCGUCAAGACAUUCGAUAAUCACCUGCGGAUGGCAUCUGAGGACAAGGCGCUCGCUGUAGCUCUGCAUCCUGGUACAGUCAAGACGCAGUUCAGCAAACAGUUCUGGGGCGGCGUCGAGAAGGAUAAACUUUUCGAGAAGGAGUGGGUGGCUGAACGACUUGUUGAUGUUGUCAGGCAGGUGGGUGUUGAGGGACGAGGCAAGUGCUGGGAUUGGGCUGGUAAGGAAGUACCGCCUUGAGGGACGAGCAGGUGCAGCUCGGUAGGCCUGGUUUUGCAUCCAUGGAUGUCAUGAUCCGUUCCGAUACCAACAACACAAUUUAUCGCUACUUUCAAGCUUCAAAGUCUCAUUCUCUUAUUGCUAGUAUUACUUUCAUUUACCUACGGCUUCCAAUAGCCCCGGAACAC